AUGUUCGGGGUCGCAUCCGCCACGUUCGGCAUGACGGUCGCAAGUUGGAAGCGGAAACAGAGCUCGGCAUAUAAUCCUCCACUCGACCGUUGGGGUGAGAUCACAACCUUCUUACCCCUGAUCAACUCAUUUGGAGGGCCUGCCUCAUAUCGGGGCCAAAGACGAGAAGCCGCUGCGAGCUCGCCAAUAUGUGAUAUUAUCUACUUACCUGACGGAGCUCGAGAUUGGCGUUGGCAGUUCCUAAUAGGCAUGACUUAUUGCUUGACGUUGAGUGCGAAUAUAUGGCCUACGGCCCUCAUUGGGUGGACAGUGUGGAAGCACAGAAGAUUGCUCAAGAAAGUCUCGCAUCAAGGUGAUGGGACAACGAUCGCGGUGCUCAUCAUCCUUGUGGAGUCGGGCGCUCUGUACUGCAUUAUCUGGGCACUCUGGGUCAUAAUACUCGUCAUCAGUAUUCGGUAUCCCUCUCUGAUCGUGAACGACUCCGGACCAGCGGCGCUUGGGGUCUUUUGGGGCAUGAUGUCUUUCUCGCAAGUUCACCUUGCGGGUAUCUAUCCAACGAUAACUAUCGUCCUUGCCUGCUCCCGAAGAGGACUCCCCGAUAUUAUUUCUCUUCCAUACCGUGAUCCAGGCGACAUAUCCCCAAUGGAAUUCAGCCUAAAUGAGGCUUCUACUACCCAUCAACCUCGCCGAAAGUCAAUACACAUCCAUGUCGAAACCCAGUCCAACUCUUGCAGUUCCAUCAUUGUAGACCAGCAGUGCCCCGUAUGA